AAAAAGCAAGUCAAAUUAAUUAAGAAAAUAAAACAGGCUAAAAAGAAUCUCAAAACUGAGAUCAAGAAAGAAAAACAGGUUGAAACAAAGAAACUAAAUGCUAAGCUUAAAAUCAUAAAACAGGAUAACAUGGAAAAAGUCGAUAAAAAACUUGAGAAGGUAAAACAGGUCGAAUUAAAAAAAAUCGAAGCAAAACCUAAGAAAGUGCAGGAAGUUAAAAAAAAAGAACUUAAGGCUAAACUAAAGAAAUUGAAGCAAGUUGAAACAAAGAAAGUCAAAGAUAAGAUUGUAAAGAUGAAGAAAGUUGCAACAAAGAAAAUCAAGGCUAAUAUAGAUAAACUAAAACAGGUUGAAACAAAGAAAAUAAAGAAAAUGGUGAAGAAAACGAAAAGUAACCCUAUUGUUAUUAGUACAGCUAUUACAGGAGGAAAGAUAAAGUCUUUGAUGUCUCAACCAACUAAAUCAGUGAAACUUAACACUAAAGCAAAGAAUCUAAAAUCAGACAUACAGGCAAUACUUAAAGAAAAAACAAAGACAUCAAUUAAACCAAAGAUUAAACCAAAGACAUCAAAACUCAUUAAAAAAAUGAAACUGUCAACAAAAAUUGAGAAAAUCAAACAACCAGAAUCAGAGAAAAUCAAAGAAGAGCUAAGUAAAUUGAAACAAGAAGUUAAAACAAAGAAGCUCAAAGCUAAGCUUAAUCAAAUAAAAGAAGUUAAAGCAAAAAAAAUCGAAACCAAACUUGAGAAGAUGAAACAGAUUAAAACUAAAAAACUCAAGACUGACCUUAAAAAGAUGAAACAGAAAGAAACAAAAUUACUCAAAGCUAAGAUUAAAGAGUUGGGACAGACAAAAACAAUGAAACUCAAAGCUAAGAUUAAGAAGAUGGGACAGGCAAAAACAAAGAAACUCAAAACAAAGCUUAGGAAGUUGGAAAAGGAAAAAAUGAAGAAACUCAAAGUUGCGGUGAAGAAAUUAGAGAAGGCUACCGAAAAGAAACUCCAAGUGGCGGUGAAGAAAAUAAAAAAGGCUAACAAAAAGGCACUCAAAGCCGAACUAAAGAGAAAGCAAGCUACUGAACAAACGAAAAAUGAGACCAACGUUCAGCAAAAGAAAGCAUUAAAUAAGAUGAUGAAAAUGAUUACAACGUUGAAAGUUAAGCAAAAACAAAUUGACUUAAAACCAGUAGCUGUCAAGUCUAAAACGAGCCUUAAAGAUAAAUCUGAAAUGAAGAAGAAACCUUCAAAAAAAGGAGUGGUUCAUAUUGUGACGAAACUAGUCAAAGGUAAAGCUUUAAAUAAAGAAGCUGUAGAAGGAAUACUUGAACCAGAAAAGACUAACGGAAGUAUUUCAAUAAAAGUUGGAAAUAAAACGAAAAAAUCUAAAGAGAAAGCAGUGGAAAAAUUGUUGAAGAAACUCGUAAAAGGAGAAGUCCUGAAGCAGAAUGUUUUUGCAAAAAAGAUAAAGCCUAGUAAGAAAAAACAAAUAACGAAAGCAAUAAUAAAGAAAGUGAAAAAACUUGUUAACGUGAAAAAACUUGUUAAAGGGAAAGCACUGGAUAAUAAAACAACUGCAGACAUACUUAAAUCUAUCAAAAAGAAGACACCUUUACGUAAAGCAAUUAUGAAGAAUGUGAAAAAAAUUGUUAAAGGAAAAGCACUGAAACAAAAGAAACUUGCAGGAAUACUUGACACUAAAAAGAAGAAACCUUUACAAAAAGAAAUUAUGAAGGAUGUGAAAAAAAUGGUUAAAGGAAAAGCACUGAAACAAAAUAAACUUGCAGGACUACUUGGCUCAAAGAAGAAGAAACCUUUACAAAAAGCAAUUAUGAAGGAUGUGAAAAAAAUGGUUAAAGGAAAAGCACUGAAACAAAAGAAACUUGCAGGAAUACUUGGCUCAAAAAAGAAGAAACCUUUACAUAUAGCAAUUAUGAAGGAUUUGAAAAAAAUUGUUAAAGGAAAAGCACUGAAAAAAAACAAACUCGCAGGAAAACUUGGCUCAAAAAAGAAGAGACCUAUACAUAAAACAAUUAUGAAGGAUGUGAAAAAAAUUGUUAAAGGAAAAGCACUGAAAAAAAAGAAACUUGCAAGAAUACUUGGCUCAAAAAAGAAGGGACCAUUACAUAAAACAAUUAUGAAGGAUGUGAAAAAAAUUGUUAAAGGAAAAGCACUGAAACAAAAGAAACUUGCAGAUUUACUUGGCUCUAAAAAGAAGAAAACUAUGCAGAAAGCGGCAAUGAAAGCCGUAAAGACACUUGUCAAGGGAAACGGAAAAAAACCAGGAGUAAAAAGCGUAAAUAAAAACAAUACACUUAAUAUUCUAGGAACACCUAAUCCAACGAAACCUGCCGAAAUAGGUGUCAAAAAUACUUCAAAAAACACCACGGAAAAGGCCAUUAUAAAGAAAGGGAAUGCAUCUAUACUGGAAAAGGGAAUUCAAGUAAAGAAAGAAGCUAAUAUAAUCAAAGCUAAAAUUGAAAAGAUGUUAUAUAGGGUGAAUACGAAGAAAAAAGGGGCUUCACCAAAAUUAGCGUUAAAAAUAGAAAAAAUGGCUGACACAAAAAAGAAUCAGGUCGACGAUAUAGUUACACAAAAAAAUAAGGAGAAUGAGGUCUCGAUGGACGGUCUGUAUGGAGCAAACUCUCCUAUGUACUCAAGUCUGAUGCAUCUUGAAGUUGACCUUUUAAAACUUUUAGACUACAUGGAGCAUUCAAAGGUGAAAAUGGGUGACGCGUUUGAGUCAAAAGCAUUGAAAAAAGAAUUGAAAAGUGCAAACAAAGGAAACGAUGUGAACGUGUUCAAUAAACAACUUAGCUCAGUGAUGAAAAAGAUGAAAGGAAUUGAUAAAAAGAUAUCGGAGGAACACAACAAAAUUGUUGGAUAUUAAAUUAAUCUUUUCGUUGAUAUCA